AUGUUUUACUACCUUUACUGUCAACAGGGCGACUUCGAUAUUAUUGGAGGUGCAUCAGCAUUAACAGAGGCAGAAGUAAUCAAGGUGACAAGGGACAUUGUUGCUCGUUUUUUUAAUUCAGAUUUUUGUGAUAUUCAUCUAAACCAUGGGGACUUACUGGAAGCAAUUUGGUCUUGGGUAGGAGUCAAGUCAGAGCAUAGACAGAAAGUAGCAGAGCUCCUGUCUAUGAUGGGCUCUUUACGUCCUCAAUCCUCUGAGCGGAAAUCCAAAUGGGUGGUAAUCCGGCGUCAGCUUUUGCAGGAACUUAAUUUACCAGAAGCUGUUGUAAAUAGGUUGCAAACCGUUGGUUUAAGGUUUUGUGGAGCUGCAGAUCAGGCACUUGCUAGACUGAGGGGAGCCCUGCCAACUGUAAUGCUAUCCCGUAAGCAUGUAGAAUCGUUGAGGAUUUACCUGAGUGAAGCACGGAUGGCUGUGAAGGAUAACAAUCCUGGAUCACUUACCGAAGGUACACUGCUUGCUGUUGGCGGUCGCUAUGACUAUUUGCUUCGUCAAAUGUGGGGUCUUGAACAUGUAGAAAUCAAACCCUCCUGGUGCUGUUGGAGCCAGCCUUGCAUUAGAGACAAUAAUUCAGCAUUCUCCCCAUAUGAAGUUAGCAACGAUGUUCUUGUUUGCUCGAAAGGAGGUGGUGGUCUAUUGGCAGAGCGCAUGGAACUAGUCGCUGAGCUAUGGGAGGAGAACAUCAAGGCUGAGUUUGUUCCAAUACCAGAUCCAAGUUUAACAGAGCAGUAUGAAUAUGCAAACGAACAUGAUAUAAAGUGCCUUGUCAUCAUAACAGACACAGGGGUUUCACAGAAAGGUUCUGUUAAGGUCCGUCAUCUUGAACUCAAGAAAGAAAAGGAAGUUGAAAGAGAAAAUCUUGUCAGUUUUCCAGCAACCCUGUUGACUCCAGGAGAACCACACUGUUGA